CAGCUGAUGCUUUAAGAUGUUAAUCUUACUAUGAUUCUAUGAUAUGCAUCCAGCUUCUGUAAAUAGGAUAGCGGUAAAAGGUCAAAAACCAUGAUCAUUUAAUGUUGAAGUAUAACUUAAUAGUUUAGAAGUUCUUGUAUUAUCAUGGUUGAAGAUUAUAUGGAUAUUUUCCGGUGGUAUGGAAUUUUGUACCAGAUACUAGUGGUUAGCAUUUUCAUCUUUAUUGGGGGUUUUGAAUGUGCUGUAUCUGAUGGAUCCGCGUGUGUUCUUGAUCUUGGAUAUGGAGGGUCACCAUCCUUGCACAAUUUAAGCAAUGUGGAGGGAGAUUGGGGUGGAUUUUUGAACAACAAUUCUUGUGCUGGACCAUUUGAAGAGUAUCUUUAUGCAUUGGCUUUGCACACAAGUCAAACCGGGGAUAUAUUCUUGAACUCUGAUGAGCAGAGUGACUGUUUGACUACAAUGAAUAGGCCUGGUAUAGAUGUUUUAGGUUGUGGGAUUGAAAAACUCACAAGGGGCGGUGGUGGUUGCUCAGAUUUUUCUGUUAAAGAUGUCAACAAUAGACUUGGAGACGACUUCCAAAGUAUGAAGAAAAAAUGUGAGCUUCAAGGCAAAAACCAAGAUAAGUCAUGUGGCUCCUGUCUGAGGAGUUGGGAAGAUAUUACAGGAACAGAUUCUGGAAAUGAUGAGCCUACAGAGUCUGAAUCUCUUACGUGCAGGUUUGCAGUAUUAGUGUCACUAGCAAGUACUAAAAUUAAAGAUGAAGCAUGGAUUCAGAAAACAUUUAGAUGCCUCGUGGAUCAGCAUCAGGCUCCAAUCACUGAAAUUUCAUCAGAUUCGGCAGCACCAAUUCCUAAUGAGAAGAAGAAGAUCAGCACACGUACAAGGAUUUUAUAUGGAAUAAUAGCAGGAAUUUUUACUUUGAUCAUCAUCUCCAUUUAUAUAUUUUUACGAGGAUGGUGUAGACCAAGAACAACAGAAAUGGACGAUGCAAUGAAAUUUGCAUUACCAAAGGACUCCGGCCACUUAAAAUUUUCAAUCAAGGAGGUCUAUUCGGCCACUAAUAAUUUACACGCGAAGAACUUCAUUGGAGAAGGAAUAGCAGGUAAAGUGUACAAAGGCAUACUUCCAAAUAAGCAACAUGUCGCAAUAAAGCAGAUCACUGAUGAGGGAUAUACAGAGACCUUUCUUAGAGAACUUAAGAGCUUAGCAAAGGUCAGACACCCAAACCUCGUCGCUUUGUUGGGGUAUUGUAGACACAAAGAUGAGUGUUUCCUCCUUUACGAACUAUGUCCCAAUGGAAAUCUGUCACAAUGGAUUUUUGGCAAGAAUAGGAGGUUGUCUUGGGUUCGUAGGCUCGAGAUUGCAGUACAUUGUGCAAGAGGACUCUGGUUUCUCCAUAACUACCCUAAAGGUUGCAUUGUUCACCGUGAUAUCAAGCCAACAAAUAUACUCUUAGGUGCAAACUUUGAAGCCAAGCUUUCAGACUUUGGGUUGUCCAAGAUCAUUGAUAUAGGUGAAACCUACCAGAGCUCAGAAGUGAGAGGAACAUUUGGUUAUGUCGAUCCUGAAUAUCAAAACACCAAAAGAGUUGAUUCAGCAGGCGAUGUCUAUAGUUUUGGGGUAGUACUUCUGCAGAUAAUCUCGGGAAGAAGGGUUAUAAAUAUGAACAUGAAUACACCUAUGCCCCUACAUAAAAUGGCAAAGUCACUUACUAGGAAUGACAGCAUAAGAGGAUUUGCAGAUCCAGCGCUUGAAGGAGACUACUCCGAACAAGCUUUCAGUCUCACAUUUAAAUUAGCUUUAUCAUGCACAACACGUAAGAAAGAACGACCAUCAAUGGAUAAAGUGAUUCUUAAGCUAGAGGAAGCGCUAGACAUUUCAACGGCAACUAGAUCAUGUACUACUCUUACCACACCAGACUGUUCUAUAAGUUCUACAUAGAGAAUCCUAAAGCAAAGUUUGUUAAUUUAUUUUUUGCUAAAUGAAAUAUAUUAAAAG